AUGCACAAGAUCUCCAACUUUACGGGCCAGGCCCGUCAUGGUUGGGAACGAAUGACGCCAACCUUCGGGAUCACUAGACCUCACACCGACAUGGCCUUUCGCCGGCCGCAUGGUGCUCCGCCGAUGACUCCGCCGACUAGCAUCGAUCCGACUGUUAACCUGUCGUUUAAUGUUCCCUUCUCCUCCACCUUGGCCGGCCCCGAUGUCGAAGAUGUGCUCCACGCCAGUCCCGCCGCCCUCCAACGCUGGACAUUCCCAGAAGGCACACCCGAAGGUACUUCGGUGCAUCAGCUACCUGUGCACACCAGCAAUGUCGAAGGACUACGGAGAUUAUGUCGGCAGAUCACGGAAACCAGCGGUGGUCGUAUCGAAGCCACCGUCACAUCGUCCGAACCCAAGGCCGUUCCGUCGCUACAAAGACGACCCAAUGGCCUAGUGACCAAUGUCUGUGUUACUGGUGAUGGCGAAACCGCGCGCAAGAUGCGAGCGAAGAUUUUGAAUGAUACCCCGAUCAUGCUGCGAUGUGCAACUGUCGACAUGGAUAUGCACUUGAUUAUGGACGGGUCAACCAAAGGAAUUCGAGCCAGCGUGCUUGAACACAUGGACACCUUGGCCGCCUACACCGGAACCGACAUUUUCUUACUCACACCCAAGCUCCACGAUGCGGACAGUGCGGUUGUUUCUUCUUAUGGCUAUGCGUCUGAUAAUGACUUGGACCAACGCUUCCGGGUCGCUAUUUACGGUGACAUGGAAAGCUCGGAGCAUGCCAAGACACGAGUUCUGAUCAUGAUCGAUCAAAUUCUCAAACGCCAUGUUGAUGCCAUCAAACUGGAGCUGACCAUGCACACCUUGGUGUGUGGUCGCACUCGCAAGAACAUCAAGCUAAUUGAAGCUGCCACUGGUACCGCCAUCUACUUUCCUCCCCCGUUCCCCCGAAUCUUUGGAUACACCCCUCCUGGUGCGAAUCGUCGAAGCGAGGAUGAAGUAUACAUCACGGGCGAGACGCCGGAACAGAUUGCUCGGGCGAAGCAGAAGUUGCGGGAGUUAGUGAUGGGUGUCAAAAUAUACGUCAAGGAUGUCGUGGUCAACUCAAGCAAGAUCGACAACAUCCUGCUUGACCGAUUGGACAAAGUUCGCAAGGUGAUGGAGAUGAAUGGCUCUUAUGUUCUUUUCCCGCAGCUGGGCAGUCAGCGCGGUCUUGUUCGAAUCCAAGGCACCGAGGUCUUGCAUGUCGAGCGGACCGUGCGGGAAAUUAUGGCUCUGGCCGGCCAAUUCUACAGUGCCUCGUGGUGGAUCAUCAUGCCCGACCCUGCACAGGGUGGCAUUCGGGCACCUUCGACAGCGGACGUUCGCUCAAUGCUUUCGGAUAUCUGCACCAACUCGGAGGCAGAGGUCAGCUUCGAUAACCUGACGUUCACCAUCAAUGGGUCCGACGAUGCCGUCAAGGCCGCCAUGACGGUCGUAAACCAGAUUCCAUUCGUCACCCGGAGCCAGUACCAGAUGCGAGUAAAGAUUGAAUUGGCCAAUGAGCACAAGGAGUUCGUCAGUGGCAAGAAGAACGGCAAGAUCAACAAGAUCAUGGGCCAGAGCAACGUGCAAAUCAUCUUCGACGGCUUCAACGAGUAUAAUUUCUAUAUCGACGUCUGUGGAAACCAAUACGAGUCCACCAAAAACGGCCUCGAUCUGGUCGAGCAGGAGAUGCCUGCUUCCAUCUCAUUCCAUGUGCCAGACCAGUACCACAAGCGCAUUAUUGGUAUCGGUGGACAGCACAUCCAGCGUAUCAUGAAGAAGUACUCCGUCUUCGUCAAGUUCUCCAAUGCCAUGGAUCGCGGCGGAAUGGGCAAGGAGGAUGAUGACAUCAAGGUCGAUAAUGUGAUCUGCCGAACUCCUGCCCGCAAUGCCCAAAGCCUGGACCUCGUAAAGCAGGAGAUCAUGGAUAUGGUCGAAAAAGUUGAUGCCGAGUAUGUCUCUGAGAGAGUCGUCAUCAACCGACUAUACCACCGCGAGUUGUUGGCUCGGAUGACGGAGAUCGACGAACUGGAGAAGAAAUGGAACUGCAAGAUCGAGUUCCCUAGCACCGAGCUUGCCAGCGAUGUCGUGAACAUUUCCGGCCCUGAAUACCAGGUCCCUCAGGCGGUCGAUGCCCUACUGGGUAUGGUGCCAGAAAGCCACGAGCUUCAUUUCCAAAGCUCCGCCGAGCUGCGUGUGUACUUCAAGUCCCCUGAUUUCCUCGCGGAUGUUCGCACCAAGCUCAAAGAGCAAUACGAGGUCGAUAUCAAUAUCGACACCAGUGCCGAUCUUCAAGAUCAGGAGGACGGGUCUUCUUCUCCCGAUCCUGCCCCGGAAGAUCUGGUUGUUCUUGGGUACACCAGAAACAACGCUGGUGGCCUCAAGGAUGCCAUCGACUUCCUGAUCUCCUGCUGCGUUGCUCACGGUCUCGAUGCCAACACCGUUAAGGGUGCGAUCCCUCGCCCCAAGUCGGACUCGUUCGAGGAGUCCCUGCCCUUCUUCGACUCCAAAUUGCUCCAGCACGCCCCGGCCCCGCUCGUAACCGACUCUCCCACACGGCCCAGCUUCGUGGAUGAGGUCAGCGAGCGCGGAUCGAUCUUCGAGCGUCUCCGCAAACCCGGCAGCAUUUCUUCCUUCUCCUCGUUCAUCGGCCGCAAAAACCACUCCGGAUCGCCGGCCUCGUUCUUCAAGCAUGCGUCUAGCAAUGCCUCCAAGGCAUCGCUCGUCUCGAUGGAAUCCCGAGACAGCGGCUACCGCAACCCGUGGAACGACUCAGGCGUGAACCUCCCCGAGGACGACACACCCGUCCUGGGGAGCUCCCACAGCCACAAGAGCAGCAACAGCAACAACACCAACGGCUGGCCUGCACGCUUUGACACGAAGUUUCCUUUCGGUACGGCGCCUGGAGACAUGACCCCCAAGCAUGAUCCGCGCGCCUCUUUUGACAGUGGUCGCCCUAGCACUUCGAAUUCUACUUCUGGAUACCCGGCCCCCAUUGGGCCACCGCGUUAA